AUGACGGAGUUAUGCUAAAGACCCCCCCCCCCCCCCAUUCCUUAAGAACACACUGCUGCUUUUCAAGCAAACCCAAGAAUUUUACGGAGCAAUAUUCUAGCUCAGUUUUCCUCCACCAGAUCUGCUAAAUCAUACAUCCCAGCCAGGCGUAAACCGGUUGGCUGGGAAUGAUGGGAACUGUAGACCAGCGCGUCUGCUGUUGCCUCAACUCAGUCCGUCAAAUCGGAUUAAAGCGUGCCUUUAUUUUCCCUAGCCGCAAUUCGGAAGAAGGGGAGAGAUUUAACUGGACAGUUUAAACUUGUACUGAGAUGUUAUAGGUAUCGGUUCUCCUGCUUGAGCAGGGGGCUGGACUAGAAGACCUCCAGGGUCCCUUCCAGCUCUAUUCUAUUCUAAAUCGGGACGUGGGCAGUGGAUCAUAACGGAUCGUUUCUCCGUCCAGCUCAGCGUGGACGUCCUCUCGAAGGGUUUAGUUGCUGCGUUCGUCUGAGGCUUUCCCGGAACGAAGGAGCGCGUUACGCAAGGUUAAAGCGUAAGAGAUACGCCGCGCUCUUCGUCCCCGGUUUUUCUCCCAGCUCUCCGGCCGGCGGCCGGCUUCCACCUGACUCUGCGAAGCGCAACGACCGCGAUCCCAGGCGGGGGAGCUCUCUCUCUCUCUCUCUCUCUCUCUCUCGCAGGCUCCCGGAGGAAAAGGCCUCGCCAAGAACCGGGAGGAACAGGAGAGCUCGCCGGUGCUAGGAUGACUCGUCCCCGGGAGGAACGCAGCCAGAUGGCCGCGAAGCCUCCUGUCUUCCCGGGGAGUCCCCGAAAGCUUCGUUCGGGCAGCAGGGAGGAGAGGAAACGGGCGCCUUCGCCUGAACGAUCGCUCGAUCCGGCCCGCCGAGGCUUCCCUCCUCCCCGUCCCACCCAGCGCUCUGCACUCCUCCCCUGCCUUCCAAUUGGCAAGCCCAGCAGCCCGGCCCCCAACGCUAUAUAUGCCUCGUUCCGCCGCGCUAUGGGGACCUGAGCGGAGAGAGCGCAGCAUCCUCAUCCCGCCGCACUCCAGACCUUCCCUGCCGUUGCGCGAGGAGGGAGACAGACAGAUUUCCCCAUCCGACGCCACCGACUCGAGAGAGAGAAAAAAAGUUUCUUUCUGGUCGCCAGGAAUCCCGACUGCCAGGGGCUAGAUCUAGAUCUAGGCCGUUCUAGAUUCCCCUUUUCGUAGCUCUUUUCCACCUUCCUCCCUCGUCUGACUUUUCAAGGGUAGAGCCCUCCCGCAGCUGGAGGUUCGCCGGCGUUUGAAGCAUCCAUCCAUCCUUCCAACUAGUACUAAGAAUCAUGAGUUCCCCUUUGAAGCGAGCCCCCCUGCUCAGCUCUCUCGUAAAGCUGCGAGGUCCUGGGAGCGCACCUGCUUUGCAGCAGCAGCAACAGCUGCCCACUUCGUCCGUGUGCGCCUUGGAGCCCAAGGCUCAGGUGCCUUCUUGUCCCAUGCACCCUCCCCAUUCACUUUCUUCCCUGCCCGGUCCGGUCAAAUGGCCUCUGAUGGGCAGCCUCUUAGACAUCCUCUGGAAAGGGGGCCUCAAGAAACAGCACCAGACGCUGGCUGAGUACCACCAGAGGUUUGGCAAAAUCUUCCGCAUGAAACUGGGGAGUUUUGACUCUGUUCAUAUAGGGGCACCCAGUCUGCUAGAGUCUCUCUACAGGAAAGAGGGUGCGUAUCCCCAGCGCCUGGAGAUUAAGCCCUGGAAAGCCUAUCGAGACUACCGUAAAGAGGGCUAUGGGCUACUUAUCCUAGAAGGGAAGGACUGGCAGAGAGUAAGAAGUGCAUUUCAGAAGAAACUAAUGAAACCCAUGGAAAUUGUAAAGUUGGACACUAAAAUCAAUGAGGUCCUAGCUGACUUUAUGCAUCAGAUAGACACACUCUGUAACCAGAACGGAGAAAUAGAAGAUUUAUAUUCUACGCUGAACAAGUGGUCAUUUGAAAGUAUUUGCCUGGUGCUGUAUGGAAAAAGAUUUGGACUUCUGAAGCAAGACGUAGAGGAGGAAAGUUUGAACUUUAUCAAGGCUGUAAAAACGAUGAUGAGCACUUUUGGGAAGAUGAUGGUGACGCCAGUUGAACUCCAUAGAAGUCUAAAUACGAAAGUUUGGCAAGCUCAUACAAAUGCAUGGGAUAAUAUAUUUAAGACAGUGAAAUGCUCCAUUGACAGCAGGCUGAAAAAACACUCUGCAAAUCCCUCUGAAGACUUCCUCUGUGACAUCUACUUUGGGAGCCAGCUUUCGAAGAAAGAACUCUAUGCUGCCAUUACAGAGCUUCAGAUUGCUGGGGUUGAAACGACUGCCAACAGUUUACUCUGGGCUCUGUACAACAUCUCCUGCAAGCCGGAUGUCCAGACAAAGUUGUUUGAGGAGAUACAGAAUGUGGUUUCACCUGGAGAAAACCCAAAUUGCGAACACCUGAAAAAAAUGCCCUAUCUGAAGGCAUGCCUGAAGGAGUCAAUGAGGUUAACACCUUCUGUGCCAUUUACCACUCGAACCCUUGACAAAGAAACAGUCCUUGGGGAUUAUGCGCUUCCAAAAGGGACUGUGUUGAUGAUUAACACUUACGCUCUGGGAUGCAAUGAAGAAUAUUUCAGUAACUGGAGUGAAUUUCAACCAGAGCGUUGGUUGCAAAAAACCAUCCAUCCAUUUUCUCACGCUCCAUUUGGCAUUGGAAAAAGAAUGUGUGUUGGGCGUCGACUGGCAGAGCUGCAACUUCAGCUAGCUCUCUGUUGGCUUAUACGGAAGUAUCAGAUUGUAGCUACUGACAACAAGCCGGUAGAAGCUCUUCACUUAGGAAUCCUCAUCCCCAACCGAGAACUUCCGAUUGCAUUCAAACGACGCUAAGAUUCUACUGGAGGAACAGCUGACAUUUUCGUUAGACAGCAAGCAUUCUUGAAUUUUGGAUUCCCAGAUCCUGCUAGAGUCUAGUUAUAUUUUGAGCAAUGUGUGUGUUAACAGCAAGGACAGAACAGCAGGAAUCCAAAGCUAGCUUGAAGGCAAAUCAGUCAAGCUAUGUUGAGCGCACCUAAGCAGUCACUUCACAUUAUUGUAAAAGCUACACCCAUUCCAAAGGUGGAAGAAUGGCAGAAUUACAAACUUGGCAGUUCUUUUCACCUAAACUUGGGAUGAAAGAAAGGUCCAUUCUCCUCCAUCUGCUGCUGUGAAAUGUACAGUUCUCGACCCAUGCUGUUAAUGUUUGUAGGAGAACAAUGAUCGCAAAGUGAUGGAAUGACUGAGUCUCUGAGUUCAUGCUUGACCUUAGGAUUGGAAACACUGGAGGAGAAAUUUUGUUUUGCCCGUGCCCAAGUUCUGAUGGAACUUUAAAUGAAGACCUUUGUCUGCAAGAGGGUGAACGACGUGAUUGCAAAGGGAUGGAAAGUAUUCUAGGGGGUGGACCAUGUUAGAUGUCCAUAAAGGGAAAGAAUGGCAGUAAUAGAAGUGCUAUCUGAAGGGCUGUAUUUGAAAAACCAAGUAGGUCUGGUUCUUUCUAAUGUUACUUUGUUACAACUGUUGGCGCCUUGAGCAAACUCAUCAACUAUAUAUGGACAAAUAUCAUACAUACAAACACGCACGCACUCACUCACACAGAACCUUUCAGGCAGACAGAACAAUGAGUCACAUUACAGAAUGCAGACCACCCAAACUGUUAUGAGCCCUUCAAGGUGAUGUGUACUUCGGAGACCGGAACAAAUAACUUAUGCUUGGACAGAGUGAGCUGUACACUUGAUGACUCCAUCUAGGAGGUGAAUAAGAUCAUAGAAGCAGACCGGUACAAUUUUAUUUUCCACCAAAUCAAAGCCAGCUCCUAAAUUAUUUGUAGCAGUCCAACAACUUUUCCUGUAACUUUUUCCUUUUGCUAACUGAAAACUUGAGGCCAUCAUUAGGUAUAUCGAUGCAACUUAAAGGGCAGAUAUUAUGGGGUGCAAUGGCAAGUCUAGAUAUUCCCUUCUCUCCAAUAUAGACAUUCGUAUAACCUGUCCUCCACCUUUUAAGCUGUUUAUCAGCUUUCAUGUGUGGAUGGUAGCAGAGGGAGAUGGGGUGCUAUCUUUUCUUUUGCCACAAAUCAACACUAUGUCUUGGAUUUGUCAGAUGUGAUGAUCGUGAUCUUUUAACUGCCUUUAAAUCAAGAGUAAACAAAUUCUUUGGUACAAUGUUGUAAGAGUUCCAUGCAGUUUGUUCAUCUCUGAACAGAGAGCAACAAAAUAUGAUUCAUUUUGCACCUGACUUUCAUGUCUGUGAGCUGCCACUGUUGGAAAUAGGAUGCUACUCUGUUUAGACAAUCAGUCCAGCAAGGUUCCACCUAAGUUUCCAAAUUCACACUAAUAUGUCACAAUUUAUGCAGAAUGGAACAUCAGUAUUACAGCAUUCCAUAGGAUUCAAGGAUUAUAGUUCCUGGGUAUUUUCUUGUAUUCCUUUUGAUACAGUUUCCUUCUUAUUUUGUUUUUACGUGUUUUUAGUUGUAUUUUUUUUUAAAGUAAAUGUGUUUUUUAAGAUCUCUGUAUUUUGAAGAGUUUUUCAUAGCUUAUUUUUUUGUUUUGUUUUUUAAAAACAAAUUUAGACAUCCAUUUAAUUGUUGAUAUUUAAACCCACUGUUCUGAGAAUUUUGUAAUAAAAAAAAAAUGUGGAUAUGAUUUUUUUUAUUUUCAUUGAAUGUAAUCCGUGUCGAGUAUCUUCAAGAUUAGCAGCCUUUAUAAAGAUUUUUAAUGGAAAUUA